AUGAGUGGCGCUGUUGAAAAAAACAUCAAUGAUGCAAACGUUUAUCCACCUGGACACGGAGAAACCUAUGGAACCGCCGAUGACGUCGGACAAGUGAUUGAAAUUGCGAAUAAAGUUCUCGAAGUGGGAGCGCUGAUAAUUCCAGAAAUCGCACCGUUUCUUCCAUUCAUCUCUCAAGUCGGGGAUGCUGUCAAGAAAAUCAUUGAGAAAAGUGAGAAUGCUCCUGACCCAGUCAUGAAAAAGUUGAACGAGCUGGAGAAGAAAAUUGAUAACCUGGGAAACCAAUUGACGGAUCACUUCAAUGAGAUGAACAGUUUCAUCACAAAAACAACAUUUUCAUCGAGUAUCAUAAUACCCACCAAGAGUUUGAUGAAGUAUCUACAUGAUUGUUUGGCGACUCGAGAUAAAGAAGCGUUGAAAAACUUCACAGCUGCUUAUAACAAUCGAAAACCGAUAAAUAUUGCAUAUGACAUGAUUGGUUUCCUAGAGGAUGACGAGACUAAUCCACUGAAAAUGGAAAUGAAAGCCGAUCCGCUUAGAACUAGCACCACAUUUGACAAAUGGGAUAAGAAAAUUAACGCGGUCAUGUCACAAUUUCUUCUGCUCGAGUUCUUUGCUUGUGGACUCAUCAAAGAUCAAAACAUCUUUGACUCGAAAAUGAUAGUGGAGAGGUCAAUGAAACUCAUUGAAACUAUUAGAAUGUGGAAAGAAGAGUACAAGAAAGAUCCAUCAUAUUGGUCAAAUAUGCAAAGAGUAUUGCAAACGGAUAUUGAUAAGAAUGGAGAUGUUGAUUUUAUGCUUAAAGCUUGGGAAAUCAAACGCAAACUAGACACUAUUAUAACCGACGAUGCAUUUUUUAUCAUCUGUCGGCAAGUAGGUUUUAUGGACGGGCAGUUUGCAAUGAGUAACACAGCCAAAGACAUUAUGUUACUUAAAAAAGAUAAGUAUACUAUGGCGAUCUAUCGUCAUUCGAAACCGUUCGAUAAGGAAAAAUUUGCAAAAUUCCAAAAGGAUGCGGACAAUUAUAUUAGCAAAAACAAAGUGAAGACGGUAUUCCCAAGUACUAUCGCAGCGUAUGCUAGACAGUAUGUUGACAAUAUUGAAAAUGCAGGAUUUGUUAUGUGUUGUCUUGACGAACCAAAGAAUAUUUGUAAACUCUAUGCGAAUGGUGAUGACGAUUUUGUGCAUCAUCUUCAUAGUGAGACUCAAUGGAUUGGAGCUCCGGUUUUCCGCACGCUCCCAGUUUAUAUUAUGGUUGGAAUGCUUUGA